AUGUCCAUCCCAUCCGACUACCUCCUCGUCGCAACCCACCUCGCGCACUCCCCCUCCCUCCUGGAAGCCUUCGUCCACGAAAGCCUCCUCCGCCUGACCAACAUCUCCAUCCCGGUAACCAUAGACGACGUAACGCGCAACCUCCCCACCUCCCCACCGACGACCGUCCCCGAAGACGUCGUCGCCAUCCUGAUCCGGCAGCGCGCACUUCCAGCCACGAUCGGCGUGAACGGGGUGGAGGCCGGGUACGUCGUGACGGAGACCGCGAGCAGCACCGCCGAGGUGUUUUGGGUGCUGUUUGUGAAUUUCGGGCCGGGGCGUGCGUGUACGGUGGAGGGGGCGGUGGAGGUGCGGUAUUUUUACCCAAGGGAUGCGGACGCGCGGGCGAUGUUCUUGGCGGCGUACUAUGACGAUUCGGUCAUCGCCUUCCGCGUCAUCGAGAUAGCGAACGACUCUCAACGGGUCGAGGACUAA